UCGCACCCGGAAGUCCCGCCCACACGCAUGAAACACGAAACAUGGCAGCUCCCACCAACAGCAACUUGGACAUCUCGGCGUCUAUUGCCGGCAUUUUGGAUGAAAAACACUGCCUCGAUCAUUUGCGGGUUUUAAAAAGCUUUAGUGCUGCCUUACGGGAAAACGAGUACAGGGAUGCUGUUGAGGCAGAGGCCUUCUCCAGUCUCAUUAAGGUCGUGUCCAGACUCAGUGAUGAACUUCAGGCUGCCACCAAAGGCAAUGACGACCAGCAGAUUUACGCCUUACAGCUCCAACUAACUGCUGAGUGUUUCAGGGCUCAGAGGAACGCCUGUGUUCAAAGUACACGCAACCAGUGUCUACUCAGGGAACUUGGUUUCAUCGAUGUAUCCCUUAAUCUUUUGAGCUUCCUACAGACCACAGAUUUGGAGAGCAGAGAUGGAAUCAUUGAACCUCUGCGCUGUGGGAUUCAGUUCCUUGGAAAUGUAUCUGUGGGAAACCAAAUGUGUAAAGAUGACAUUUGGCAGCUCAGUUUCCCAGAUCUUCUCCUGCAGCUACUAAGUGUUGAUGAUGAAAAGUUGGUGAACUACAGCUCUAUGGUGCUCCACACAUGUCUGGAUGAAAGCAAAGUGGAAAAGCUGUCUGAGCCACAGAACAUCCAGCUUGCACUCAAGGUGAUGGAGCUGUGCAGGACCCAACCUGAUUUGGACUGGACGGUUCUCAUUGCUACCCAGCAUUUUCUCAAGUGUUCAAAUCUGGUGGAGAAAAUGUACUCAGGCAUGUCUCAUCAUGAAAGAGUCACUUUGUUAGAGCUGCUUUUUGCACAGCUCAAGGAGGAGGACUUCGAGGAGUGCGGCGUCCCACCCAGCGUGGCUGGUUUCCUGGCCUCCGCCUUCCAGAAAGGCUGCGGGGCUGUGUUAACACUUGCCACUGGUUCUGCAUCCAGUGAUGAGGUCCUGCAGGAGGCACUCACUGUGAUCAGUCUCCUGGAUGUGCUGUGUGAGAUGACAUCAGACCACAAGCAGUUCAUGUUCCUACAGGACCAUCCUGACCUUCUAGUGACCACUGUUGAGCUGUUGGAGCAGGUUCAUGCUAUAGGCAAAGCCAGUAAGAACGUUUUCAGUGCUGCACAGAACUUCUCCUCCUUCAGCGGAGAAGGAGACUCGUCCUGCCAUUCUCCUGUCAUCAGCUUCAAGGCCCAUCUCAUCAGGCUGAUAGGAAACCUCUGUCAUGGCAAUACCAACAACCAGAACAAGGUGAGAGAACUUGAAGGAAUCCCUCUCAUCUUGGACAGCUGCAACAUAGACAGCAACAACCCAUUCAUCAGCCAGUGGGCCGUCUUCGCCAUCAGGAACCUCCUGGAACGCAACGCGCCCAACCAGGAGCUGGUGGCAGCCCUGGAGCGCCGCGGCGCCGCAGACUACUCCGCUCUCAGGGAGCUGGGGUUCCUGGUGGAGGAGCGGGACGGAAGCCUGCUGCUCAAACCUGUGAGGAAGGACCCCUAGACACAGUGGAGAGGCCGCCGGGAGAAAGGACGUCCUCAACCCAGGUUUUAAUGCAGAGUCAGUGACACGUAUGUUCUUGCUUGGUACGGGUGAACAAGCACUCAAACUGGGCUCCAAGCCUCAUUAAUGUAACCUAAUAUUUAAGCUUCUUCUGCAGCUGAGUGACCCGUCCGUUAUCAAACAGAUCAGUUCUGUGCCUGUAGUUGUCCACUGCUGAUAGAUUUUGCAGUAAGAUGCUUUUAAAUUAGAUUUUUUUUAGUCAAAAGUAUGUGUAGCCCUUCUAGACUCUGGGAAAUGAGGCGCCUGGGAGUGGCAAGCACACGCUGCUACCUUUAGUCAAGGCUGAUGCUUUGUUGUUGAACCCGAAGACAAAGCGCACCGCGGCGUCUGGGCUUUCCACUCUUCAGACCCUGAUGUGACCAGCAGGGGUUGGGGGUUUUAAUCCCAGGCCCUUAGUGACUUCUCUAGUAACUGUGAAACGGAGAAUGAACAAAACAUGAUGUAAUCAACCCCCUCACUGCCUCGUCUAAUUAAAUGGUGUCUUUGCCACAGGGACAAAGACUUUCUUUUUUCUUUGCGUUUACUCGUGUGUUCAAAGUAACUGCUUAUAGAAAGCGAGACAGUGAAAAUGCAAUAUAAAACUGAUGCUAUGCAUGUUUUGUCAUAUAUGUCAAAUAAUGCACCUUGUGAGCUUGUCACUGCAAUAGUUCCUGAUAGGGAAGCGGCGACGAGCUGUUUACUCAAGUUUUUUCAUCUUACCUCAUCUUCUCUUUCUGUCUAUUACUGAAACUGCUAAAGAUAAAUAAGGCAUGAGGGCUCAGCAUCAUAUUCAUUACCUUUUAAAGUCAUAACAGUAAUAUUUAAGCUCAACAUUAGACUCUGUUUUCAACAGAGCCAGUUACAGUAUAUUUAACUUCUAUUAGAUUCCAUACAUGUGUAUUAGUGAGUCCCGUGCUUCCUGCUUUGCUGUACUGGAGCUGUGAUUGUGUGAAUGUGUGUACGUCUUCGGUUUGCGGGUGACAGCGGUUGCGUCGGGCGAACAGCAUCCGCCCAGUGGAAUCAGACCAGAAGCACUAGUCUGCAGAAUGACAUCCCUCCCGUGCUCCUCCUGCGUCCAGAUAAGCUGAGCGGUCCUGACACCUCAACAAUGCAGCGCUUUGCGGGCCUGCCCACACCCCGCUCCGCCCUGUUUGCUCUGCUCCCCUGAAUUUUAAUGACAAAAUGUAUUGAAACAAUCGUCCGGGUCUCGCCGCUCAAUCCGCCGGCAUAGUGGAGGGAGCUUACGUGGUUCCGGUCGCCCAGGAUUGCAGACGGCUAACAAAACAGCUGUUACUCGCGCUCGGAUGGCCAACUGCAAUGCUUUUCAGUCCCACAGGAAAGAGGCUGUGUGAGUCAGCCGGGCUGAAUGAGGUGGCAUGGCCACGGCUGUCUUUUCACCCCGUACAUGUCAUCACCAGUCAGUCAAGGCCAGAAGUUGUGUGAAGCCCUCUAUAGGCUUCCAUUAAUAUGUAUAUGUAUAUACAUUGUGCCUUAUGGUUGACUUGUCUUCGUCAGGGUCUAAAAUGCUUAAUCCAUGUUUAGGUAAAAAUGUUUGUUUAAAAGCUAAUGAAGAAAUGUGUGACAGAUCAUUUUGCGAUGAUUUUAGCAAGGCCAAUAAAGAACAGUGCGAUACAAAACUCAAGGCUUUUUUUUUUUAAAAGAAUGCUUACAUUUUAUUGGUAAAAUAAAAAAGUACAAUGAUGCAGACUUCUACUUCAGCCACACGACAAAUGAUAAAAGUCACGUUUGUUGUAUUUUAAAUUAAAACUCUGCUUGUAGAAAAGGAUGAGUAGUUACAGAAAGAAGAAAUCCGCAUGGUCGGUUGCUGAAACCAGAAGAGAAUGUUCUUCUAUUUGUGAUUGUGAUGAUGGACGAUCUGAGCUACUUCGAUAGAACACGGAGCGUAUACAAUUGGAAUAAUUUAUAGCUUUACAGUUGGAAUAUACUGGCGUUAUAAAACACUUGUAAAUAGUGACUUUAUGACAUAAAGUGCCAUCUUCCUCAUACAAAAAUAUACUCUUCAUAUUUGUUUGUAAGUUAUAUAAAUCCUAAAUAAACAUUUCUGUAUACAUUAA